CAACAUCAAUGUGAUAGGACCUCCUGAUGCGCGCACGACAUCAUGGACUAUAUCGACUGAACUUGUCUCUCAAUAACACCAGUCCUCUUUGUUGCGACUCACUUUACCUGCUACGACACUCCAGAUCCGUUGGACUUGCUACUAUGGAGAUGCACAUGUCGUGCCUUCUGGACAGCUGUGGGGCGAGGGUCGCUGCAUGUGAUCUUUAUCAUAUUCCUUCUUGGUCAUCCUACUAUCAUGAAUUUCUUCUUGCCCGUGUUGACAUAGUUGAUGGAGAGAAACUCAUGCUCAUCACCGAGCGGGCCCCAAAGAAUAAUAGUAUACGGGUGGACCACGAGUAUUGGCAGCGGGCUGAUCAAAUUCCCGUAUGCAGGGGGACACUUCGAUGGCGCGACCAUUCACCCCACCUCUUGGACAUUGUUUCGAUUUCUGGCACCGCAUCCGCAGCGUUCAAAUACUACAACUGUCACGUUCGCCAAUGUUAUUGGCACGCUAGGGUCAUUCUGGGUUCGAUAGCGAAGGUAUUCCCAUCUUGCUCUAAGGAGGGAACUAUUUCGUUCUCGAAGAGGAGAUUUGCGAUAUUUGGAGGCCACAAGCUGUCCCAGGUACAACUCCGUGUGGACCUUCAUGAUAUUUACCGUCAGGACGCAUGCGCCUCUCUACCUCCUGCGCGCCCUCCGUUUAUCGUCACACCUGAUUCUCUCCAGGCCAUCAGCUCGGCUAUAGCUGGAUGCCUUGAGACAUCUUUGGCACAGAUAGUCUGGCUUCAGCCCGCUGCUGGCGUCGUCAAUGGCUGCUGUGACCGAACGCUAGGACGUGAGCCCAACACCGCUGGCGGAUGGACCUGAAGGCUGUAACGGUGGGAUGAAUAUCUUAAAAGCAAAAAUUGGGGAUGUCAAAUGUCGAAUAGUCUUCUCAGGUCUUGUUUUAGCCCUCCUCGUACACGGCUUUUGGGAGUGAAUCUUUGCCCACAAGUAUAUAACUUGCGUAGUGACUCUGACUCCUGUACAGUGUAUUCUGGAUAACCACAGCAGUUCGUACUGUUUUUGAAUGAAGCGCAUUGAAGCCGGGCCUAAUGGGUAAAAUGGAAAGGGUCGGAGAGACUUGGGAGUGACGUCAUU